AUUGGUCCAUUAAGCUCGACUAAAAGACGGGGUUAUUCGGGGUUAAGGAACUGAUUUAUCGUUGUGUCGUGAGCCGAAAAGUCAGUAAACCAUUUGACUGGAUCGCAUGUUAUGCGUUAUGGAAUCUAAUUUAUGUAUUAAUCGAUAUCGCGGAUCAGUAUGACACGCGACAGUUCCGGGUUUUUAGUAAACAAGCAUGGCUUCCAUUGAGGAGAAGUUAAACGUGCUCCAACACAAACUCAAAGAAACAGAUGAAAACUUGUCUGUGUGCAUCGUUCUCCUGCAACAAUACCUGAGACAGGAACGCAACAAAUCUGAGAUCGUUUUGGCUGCCCUCUUGGCGUUGGCAUCGUCCGAAACGAAACAGAAACGCGGUCUCCUGGGCCUGGGAUCACUAGGAGGUCUGGAACACGGACCUCUUCUGUCAGCACCUUUGGACCUGUCAUUGGGCCACGGACUGGAAGCACCGCUCAUCUCAGCUCCGCUGAUCAAAUCGAUUGCCGCUCCAAUUUCCUAUUCAGCACCUCUGAUCACCAAAAGUGUUGGACCGGUUUAUUCGGCACCGAUUUUGAGCAAGUCCUACGCAUCUCCUAUUAUCUCAGCGCCGCUUUUGAGCAAGUCGUACGCCGCUCCCAUCAUCUCAGCGCCCAUUUUGAGCAAGUCGUACGCCGCACCGUUGAUUUCUGCGCCGUUGAUCAGCAAAUCUUACAGUGCACCGCUGAUCUCGGCGCCCCUGCUGACCAAAUCGAUUGCUCCGAUUUCUGCGCCUUUAGUUACCAAAUCGAUUGCGGCGCCCAUUGCGAUCGGACAUGGAGGUUAUGGGUUAGGAUUGUCGGGAUUAUCUUUGGGUCAUGGGUUAGGCUUGUCCGGAUUGUCUUUGGGUCAUGGGUGGUAGACUGUAAUUUUAAUGUAUGAUGUGGGAUAAGUCGACUAAUUUGUA